AUGUGGAGCCUCAAGGUAACACUGCAAAUGUGUGAACUGGGACUUGGAAUCCUAUCUUGUUUUCCCAUCUUGAGCUCUAAAACACCAUAUUCCAUAGACUUCAAUCUUCACAUCAUCGUACCAGACAGGCGCGCUCAACUUGCUCCGAACCGCACUCCACCACCACAUGUGCACCCACCUGGCGAGGCUAAAUGCGCGGCUCCCGGAACAAACACCUCCCACCCGGGCCUAGCUCUCCUCGCCCGGGGACAGCGGUCACACCUGUUUGAUAAAUGUGAAGGCAGGCCCACGACGGCCCCCUGGACACCAGGCGCGGCCCGGCUCUCGCUCCCCGGCCCCCAGCCUCCCUCACCCGUGGAGGCCUCGCGGUCGGCGCUCCUCUCCAGGCCCGUUGGACUCUCACCCACCCGGGCACACAGCACCGGAUCCGGAUCCGGCUUCAGCGCCAGCCCCACCUCCUCCUCCACCUCCCGCGCCACGGUUGCCGUCGCGGCCGCCCCUGCCCGAGCCGCCACCGGGACGUGGCAACGCCGCCAACGCCUCCGCCCCACCCCGGGCCGCUUACGCAGGGCCUCGCGCAGGCGGGCGGAGGUGCUCCGAGGGCGAGGGGCGGGCCAGGGCGGGGCGUGCGGCGGGCUUUCGCACGUGGGGCGCGGCGAGGACCGCCCCCGCGCGGACUCCGCCUCCCGGCGGCGCGGGAGCCCCACCCGGGCUCGCUCCGUGCGGUCAUGCCCGCGGCCUCCAGCUCUCGGCUUCUCGGGAAAUAACUCUGCUUAAGGAGUCAGCGAAGCACCUCUUGUGGUACCUGCAAACAUAAGCCCCAUUAGAGGGCUUCCUCUGGGAGCAGCUGCAAAAACUGGGGCACCAGACAUGUGGACGAGCUCCUUUUUGGGAUAUACUGAUGACCUACCUGGAGUGAGGCAGAGGGAGAACAGGAAAAUGUCCCUACCAGUCUCUGUGGUUUCUGGAGAAUAUUGCAGUUCGCCUCUACAAGUGUUUUAAAUUAGAAACCUGCCCCUCAAGCCAAAACUUUAAAGGUAAGCAAUAGCUUCUUUCGUGGGGAAACUGGGCAUGAUUCAGUCUGCUCCCUCUGCGCUGGGCUCUGAGGGCCAAGCCAUGGUGAGUCCACACAAAUCCUGUAAGAACUAUUAGUUCACUAUAGACUGUGGAUCUCGUGGAUGUAAGUCCCUGUUGGCUUUCAGAGCUAGGUGUUUUGUGAGUCCAUUUCUCAGGUAGAAGUCUUAAAAGUUGUGGUGCCAGCUCUGGUGUCCAAGCCCUUCUCUCCUCAGAGAGAAGCUGGGAGUUGUGAGCUCCCUCCUAGUUGUGUGUUGCUGCUCCAGGGAUAAGAUUGUGUCUGAGGCUUUCCUACUCAAUUCAGUGGGAGUUUUUUCUCACUUGCCUGAUGUGUAAGAGUCACUCAGCUAGUUUCUAGAUUUCUUUCAGAGGGGAUUGUUCUGUAUGUAGCUGAAGAUUCGGUGUGUCUGUGAAAGGAGGUGACUUUAAGGUUCUCUUUUGUCACUGUCUUGAACCAGAAAAACAGUUUGUGGAUUCUUAUAAGAAAUGCUAUAUCAUCAAUGUUUCUGCUGGCAAAGAUCAUGAUAUUAUGUGGGAAAACAUGCUAUCAGUGAUUGAGUUGAGAAAUGAUUUGGGAGUGUUGGGUUCAAUGAAAACUGUUAAGAAUACCUUAACCCAUUUAUUUCAUUCAUAUUUUUCUUGUAAUAUUUGCACAAGAAUUAUAUAUAACAAUCUAUGUCUACUUACAUAAAUUUCUCUUUUGCUAGGUUUUGAAAUAGAAUUUGUAAGUGUUAAGAAAGUAUGUGUUAUAGUUUUUAAUUGGCCGUAUUGUUUCUUUUUUUGUGGUAUAUAAACUAAUGAUAGGUCUUACAGUAGAUGUAUCUUAAGAUUUGAUGAAAUAUGGUACAUACCUUAAACAUAUUAAUGUUCAUAAAUUAUUUGAUCCUUAUGUUAAUACUGGGAGAUAAGACAGGCAUUAUUAUUUCCAUAAGACAAAUGAAACUCAGGUGGUUUUCAUUUUGUUAUAGGUGAGGCUGUGUUAUAUUUUAUAGACUUUUAAACUUAACCUAAUAAGAUAGUUCAGUAAUUUAUUUUUUAUAAUGUUAAACCAAAACUUUAUAGCAUUUUUACUGCUGAGUAGAUCAUGUUACAUAAUGACACUUUUUUGAAAGUGUGAUGUUAUAAAAGAAACAUGACUGGUGAUAAAGCACAGGGCUAUUUAUGUGUGGAGUUAGGGACACUCGGAUAUGACAGCAAUUCCUGGAAGGGAAGCAAAGGAUCAAACCUAGGAGAAAUGUGGUUCUAUGUAAAACAUCUCAAAUCUAAUCGAACUGUGAAGUGUAUUUAUUAACAUGUUAUAGAUAACAACAUGUCUUGUUCAGACCUUCAAAAGUGGCUCAUUUUUUCGUAGGUGCUGUGUCUUCACAUUAUACAGUUGCCUAUAUCUACUGCUUGGUAGUCAGCUUCCUGCUUCCAAGCAAUAGAAACCAACUGUGGAAGGAUUGUUAGUUUAUAGAAUCAAUGGGAAGGCUGGAGAACCAACCAGGCUCAAAAAACAAUAGAGGCCAAGUGAGGCUAGGCAGCCAAGAACAGCCAGCUGCCCAGAGUCUGGGGAAACUGUAUUUUGGUCUUUCAGUUUCCUCCUGUCCAGAGUCAGACAUUGUUGAAUUUUCAAAAUCAGAUCCAGGGCAGCCAGAAUAAGCACAUGUACACUUUAUUAUAAUAUAUUAUGCCAUAUAUAUUUUGUUUAAAUAUGAUUGAGUGGAACAUUUAAAAUGUGCAUUUAAUGAGGCCACUUUUAGGUAUAAAGAAUUGUUUUAUUAUAAUUACUUUUCUUUUGAAGAGUGCUCUUAAAUACUGGAAGACAUUCCUAGAACCACAACAUUCAUCCUGCUGUUGGCACAGCCUAUUUUAUUAACUCCUUCCUUGCUGAAAGUUAAAAUAUAUAUGGGUAUCUCCUCCUGCCCCUGCGCAGAAACUAAGCCAAUUUUAUUGUGAAAUAUAUUAUGAUUCACCUUACUUGCUGGAAUUCACCUAUAAAACUAGGUAUGGCUAUGGGUGGCAGAGAGUCAUUUUUAGGCAUUCCUUGAUUAUACCAUUCUCCCGUGUCACUUGACUUCCAUCUCUGAAUUCAGUCUUUAAGUAUCUAACAUAUAGUUUGUGUACCCAUUUAUUUGUUUAUUGCUUACUGCAAAGGUAAUGAAUGGUUGUUUUAAAAUCUGUAACAUUACAGAAACACAGAACAAAGAGUGACCAUUCCCCAUAAUCCUGCUCUCAAGGAUUAUGUUAAUAUUCCUGUUAAUAAUAUUAUGUUAAUAGUUUGGUAGAUCUUCAUCCAGACUGCCUGGGUUCCAUUUCCAGCUUUUCCAUUUAGCUGGCCACCUUGGACAAGUUAUUUGUCCUCACACUGCCUCAGUUUCCUCAUUUCAGCAUAAUAGUACUGUCCUACAAGGUUUUGUGAGGGUUUAAUAGAUAAGAUGAAAAGUGUUCAGCAUAAUUACUAGCAUAUAGUAAGUGCUUGAUAAAUGCUAGUUUGUGUAUGUGUAUUGGUCAAGAUAAGCUAGAUUAUAUUGCAAUAACAAACAAUCCAUCCAAAUCUCAGUGGCUUAACACAAUAAAAAUUUCUUGCUAAUGCUGCAUUUCUUACACAGAUUAGCAGGGUGUUUUCUCCAUGUAGUCAGUCAGGGGCCCCAGCUAAUGGAGGUUCGACCAUGUUGUGGCCACACUCUGUAAUACAUUGUGCUUUUAGUCACCAUAAAGAGACUAUAAAAUCACACAUGGAUUUUUUUACUGCCUCAGCCCAUAAUUGACAUACUCUACUUCCAUUUACAAUUUAUUAGUCAUAACUAGUAACCAUGGCUCUGCCCUGCUGCAAGUCAGGUGUGACAUGUGAAAGGGGAGUUCAGAAUAUUUUGGUGAGUGCUACAACCUGUGGCAAGGCCAUUCCUCCCCCUACUCCCCAGUAUGGCAUAAUAUUAUCCAAACUGUGUUGCAGGUUUUUUUUUAUUUCAUAGUAAGACUAAAUUUAUUCAAUACCCUAGUAAAAGUUUUGAUUAUAGUUAUCCAACAGUAUAAAAAGUACAAAACAGAUUGGUAGAUUUCUAAUAUAUUAAUACAAAGUGCAUGACUACAUAUAGUACAUCCUACAGGCAAAGAGGUGGAAGGGGAAAAAGAAGGCCUUGGUUGAGGUCUAGUAAUAGAUAAAUAAAUACAGAGGUAGAGAUGAUCCAUAUUAUGGUAUAUUCUAACACCAAUACUGUAGCCAAAAUGUACAAAAAAAUUUUUUUGAAACAGGAGGAAGAUGAUAAUGGCUGGGACUCUUGUAAUUUACCUCAGAGGCUGUGGGAGAGCCAACCCAACUCACGGUGUAAUCUGUGCAUAUGGUGGCUUGUAGUUUUUGCCAUAAGGAAGAAAUAUAAAAUUUUAAGUUUGGAUUAAGAACUAUAAAACUAUAGGGUGCCCAUAAAAAGUGGCUCACUCCUUACUGUUAUUUAUACUAAUUUUUAAAAUCCAGUUUUAAAAAUAAGCACUGCUGGCACAAGAACGGACACUCAGAUCAAUGGAACAGAAUAGAGAACCCAGAAAUGGACCCACAAACGUAUGGCCAACUAAUCUUUGACAAAGCAGGAAAGAAUAUCCAAUGGAAUAAAGACCGUCUCUUCAAGUGGUGCUGGGAAAACUGGACAGCGACAUGCAGAAGAAUGAACCUGGGCCACUUUCUUACACCAUACACAAAAGUAAACUCAAAAUGGAUGAAAGACCUAAAUGUAAGACAGGAAGCCAUCAAAAUCCUCGAGGAGAAAGCAGGCAAAAACUUCUUUGAUCUUGGCCACAGCAACUUCUUACUCAAUACGUCUCUGGAGACAAGGGAAACAAAAGCAAAAAUGAACUACUGGGACCUCAUCAAAAUAAAAAGCUUCUGCUUUUUAUUAAAAGCGAAGGAAAUAAUCAGCAAAACUAAAAGGCAACCGACAGAAUGGGAGAAGAUAUUUGCAAAUGACAUAUCAGAUGAAGGGUUAGUAUCCAGAAUCUAUAAAGAACUUAUCAAACUCAACACCCAAAAAACAAAUAAUCCAGUGAAGAAAUGGGCAAAAGACAUUAACAGACACUUCUCCAAGGAAGAUAUCCAGAUGGCCAACCGACACAUGAAAAAAUGCUCAACAUCACUCAUCAUCAGGGAAAUACAAAUCAAGACCACAAUGAGAUACCACCUCACCCCUGUCAGAAUGGCUGACAUUAACAACUCAGGCAACAACAGAUGUUGGCAAGGAUGCUAAGAAAGAGGAUCUCUUUUUCAGUUCUGGUGGGAAUGCAAGCUGGUGCAGCCAAUCUGGAAAACAGUAUGGAGGUUUCUCAAAAAAUUAAAAAUAGAACUACCCUAUGACCCAGCAAUUGCCCUACUAGGCAGUUAUCCACGGGAUACAGGUGUGCUGUUUCGAAGGGACACAUGCACCCCCAUGUUUAUAGCAACACUAUCAACAACAGCCAAAGUAUGGCAAGAGCCCAAAUUUCCAUCGAUGGAUGAAUGGAUAAAGAAAAUGUGGUGUGUGUACAUAUAUAUAUAUAAUGGAGUAUUACUCAGCAAUCAAAAAGAAUGAAAUCUUGCCAUUUGCAACUACGUGGAUGGAACUAGAGGGUAUUAUGCUAAGUGAAAUUAGUCAGAGAAAGACAAAAAUCAUAUGACUUCACUCAUCUGAGGACUUUAAGAGACAAAACAGAUGAACAUAUGGGAAGGGAAACAAAUAUAAAAACAGGGAGGGGGACAAAACAGAAGAGACUCAUAAAUAUAGAGAACAAACUGAGGGUUUCUGGAGGGGUUGUGGGAGGGGGGGUGGGCUAAAUGGGUAAAGGGCACUAAGGAAUCUACCCCUGAAAUCAUUGUUGCACUAUAUGCUAACUACUUUGGAUACAAAUUUUAAAAAAUAAAAAAUAAAAUUAAAAAAAAUAAAAAAUAUAUUAAGUGUAAAAAAAAAAUAAGCACUGAGUCAUGUUGUUAUAGGGUAGGCAAAUGAUCCUCCCUGAUUAUGAAAAGUCUGAACCGGUGAUAGGUUAUUCCUGAACGUUUAGAAAAGAGGCACCCAGAGUACUUUGGUUUGGGUUCAAGUAAAAAGCCUUCAAAUGAAGAUUUUGGAAUUGAAGAGCUCCAUCUUCAGGAUGCAUCAUCUGACAUGUCAAUGUUCACAAAGCCUGACUGAAAGAAGUCAAACCUAAACCAGCCCACUCAGCAUUAACACACAUCUCUUUUCUUUUAGAAUUUUACUUUAAUAUAGAGUGGAAAAAAAACAAAACAAAAAACCCAAACCCUAACAGGUUAAAAUCAAACAACCACUCUACACAGACAAAACCUUCACAGAGGUCAACUGAAGUAAUCCAGAGCUAAAACUGAAUUGUGCAGAUUUUCAAUGAAGUCACCAGUCGUGUAACACAAAGGCAAUUAUUUACACGCUAGGCAAGCCCUCUAAGAAAUGUUCCCCAAGAAGCAUUAACCUUUGUUUUUUGUGUGUGCCAUCCUGAAGAUUUGCACAUUUUUUUUAGAUAAUUUAACAUUUUUAAUAGAAUGUGAUCUCUACCGUGUGGUAAUGCUUUGGUACUCUUUAUUUAGGAUUCCUCAUCCUAAAACUUGACAUUUCCCCAGAGGAGCUUUGAUUCUGCUUUAGGAGUUUCAAAAUAGAUUAAAAUCUUUAUUAAAAAUCAAUACGGAGGGAGGUGACAGAGGAUGCAACAUAUACACUCAAGUUACCUCUCUGUAUGUUUAGAAAUUACUCCUUCAAGGUAUUUGCACCAGACAGCUUUGUCCUGCUUAAUAUUCAGUAGUACAGGUUUAAAUCAUCAGAACCUUGGCAAGACCUUAAAUUAUUAACAACUACCUCUUGGGGCAAGUCUGUGUUACUGAGUUAUGACAAAUUUAUUAUCAUGAAGGAAAACAAGCACAGCCAGUCAUCUUAAAAAUGCCCCAACCACUGCUUCUCAAUAUAGAAAGACUAAAACUACAUAUGUUUAUCAUACAGCAAAUCCCAUCUCUGUCCUCUGAAAUUCCCCUAGUUUCAUUCAUUAAAAGGGGAUUAAAAAAAAAAAGACUUAAAGAGCACUUUACAGCAUCAUUCAGCUUUCCUAUGAAAUAGUCAACAUCUUAAAUAUUAUGUAUACUUUUUUUCUUUUAGUAAGCUAGACACUGGCUUCAGAGUUUGUGGAACUGGAGGAGAAAUAACAACCCAUUCAAAACUAUUCUAGAAAGUGUCUUUUGGCAGAAUAGCAGGUAUCCAAGUUAAAAAUAGGAGGGUUUUGUUGCUUUGUUUUCUUUCCAAAAUUUAAAUUGUUUUUUUGUUCCCCUUCUACAUAAAUCUCAGUCACCACUCCUGAGUGGAGAUGGGCAGAGGCUCUGGCCCCUGCUCCUCCGGCUUCUCAGCAGCUGCUUUCUUAUUGCUGCAGCAAGGCUUGAAUAAAUGUGUGUCAAUGAGAACUUCUCCAAAACUGCCUUUAUAGAUAAUCCUGCAACGUAUUUUCUGUCUUUUCCAGUAUGUGAGACCUAAAAAGGAAAAAAACUGGCGUUCUGUUAGAGCCAGAAGCCAUCUCUGUAUCUGAGCCACCAUCUGACUUGUUACUGUAACAAGGAGACUGAGCUGGAAAGGCACUUGAGGUGGUACUGUGAGCAUCAGAAUUGUGACAUUUAAAUUCCUUCUGUAGUUUACUGAUCUGGUUGCUUUUUAUCCAGUUUCCAGAUAGAGUUUUCACUUUCUUUGGUUUCAAUGUUGUCUUCAGACUGGGCCCUGCCCUUGCAUCUACCACAUGAUUCCAGUUUUUAUUUUUAUUUUUUUUAAUCCUGCUGGCAAUUUCUUCCGUCUUUUCACAAGCAGGACACAGGCAUUACAGAUGUCUCCUGAACAAGUCUCAUGCAACCCAAAACAGCUCUGGAAGUCCUUUUCAUAGCGUUUACUGUCAGUGAAUCGAGAACUGGAGGACUUAGCUCUGCAAAUACAGCAGCCGUCUAUACUUUGGUACAUCUUUGGCUUGUGAAAACCAAACAUCUUUUCUUCUGGGCAAUAGUCUUCCAAAAUCAGCCGUUCCACGCACAAUAACGUUCCUGAGGUCUGGAGUGCACGCCAAGCUAGCCCCCCCCCCCCCUUCCAAUUGCUCCCUUCUCCUCAACUGUCUUGUCUAGACAGAUGGUCUACUGCAGUUCUGCAGUUGCUACCACUGGCUGGGAAGGUGUAGAUUCCCCAGUUCUUUUUUUUUUUUUAAAUAUAUAUCAUGAACAUCUCCCCAUGUCAAUAUGUAUUAAUUCGUUGACUAUUUAUUGAGCACUUCUUUGUAGUAGGCCUUGUUCUGGGUAAUGGGAAUGAAGAAGACAUUUAAUAAACCCUGUCUUCAUGAAAUUUAUUGGAUUGCAAACAGAUAAGAAAUAAAAUAUUUUUUAAGUAUAAUAUGUUAGGAGGUGAUAAAUGUUACGGCAAGAAAAAAGAAAGGGAAGAGGCAGAGGGAGUUUGGGUGGUAUAGUUUUAAUUAGAGUGGUCACUGAAGGUCUUUGUGAGGUGAUUUGAGUUAAAUUCUGAAAGGUGUGAGAAAUAGCUUGUGAAUAUCUUUAUGGAGAGAACAUCCUAAGAAAAUAAAACUAUACGUGUGGCUUGGUGAUGUGAACAUGAAGAUGCAUUUUCCUAUUUUUGUAUAUGUUUAAAAUUUUGUAUAUGUUUAAAAUUUUG